UGGGUGUAACAGUGAUUGUUCUAACCAAAAAGCUGAUGAGGAUGAAAUAAAAGAAUCCAAAAAAUCAAAGAAAAAAAUUGGGCGUAGUAAAUCAGAAAAAGAUGCUAUUGAAUCAAGUAAAAUUGAAAUUGAAAAUCUUAAAAAUAAAAAGGAGGAAUUAGAAAAGGAAUUGUUAAAUUUAAAAAGUGAAAUAAUAGAAAUAAAUGAAAAUAAUGAAAAAACUGAUUUAAAGGGAAAAAGGCGCGUUAAGUCAUUUAAUGAUUUUUACCCGAUCCCGGCUGAUCGAAGAAUUAGAAGCAGCUGAAAGAAGGAAAAAGAAACAAUCAUCUAGAACAAACAGCGCAUCUACAAGUAAUUCAAAUACAAAACCUUCAACUUCGGCGAAUACCGAAAGCGAUAAAGCAAAUUGUAGUAAAAGCAAUGAAAUUGAAAAUAGCGGGGAAAUUACAGAAAUUCUCCCUGGAAAUUUCGAGAAAUAUUUACAAAAUCACCAUAAAGCAUCGUUUGAAAUUGAAACAAUUUCUGAAGAAAUACCUGUUGAUAUUAAUAUGGAGAAGAAAAAAAAGGAGAUUAAAGAGGGUAAAAAGAUAAGAGCUUCUUUAUCGGAUUCUGGUAAAAUUUAUUGUUUUUAA